GCACGACACGAAUAAAAAACCCAGCUGAAACGUGUGUUUGUCUUCCGCGUCUUCUAUUUGGGACAGUAGGUAAUAUUCGGGUGCGCAUUGGACACAGGGUGAAUUUUACUUCGCUCUGCCCGCUAUCCAUCAUAAAACCUUAUUUUUAAGAAUAGUUGUGAAUUGACUGCAAAAAACUACCUGGGGCCAGGGAUUUCAUAGUAGCCAACACCGAUUGUGGAUUCUGUCACAUUGGCAUACAAUGACAACUUCCAUCCGUACAAAAACAGAUCCUUUGGAUUCCACUGAUCCCCAGGUUCUGGACUACAUGCUGGUUCCUCACCGGAACUUCAACCUGAUCAAUGGGGUCCACUCUCCCGACGAGGUCGACCAAAUCCAGAACUGGGAUAUCCGAGACUCCGACAUAUUCGCCGUCACUUAUCCCAAGUCAGGGACGAUCUGGAUGCAGCAGAUUCUGACUCUGAUAGAAGCCAAAGGUGACGUCACUUCAAACACAGAGCAUCUCAACGCGCAGCGCGUCCCAUGGAUCGAGCUGAUUGGCAGUGAGAAGGAGUUUAACGCCACCCCUUCCCCCAGGCUACGGGUCACCCACCUGCAGUACAAGUUCAUGCCUCUCGCCAUCAGACAAAAGAGGGGAAAGGUGAUCUAUGUGGCCAGAAACCCUAAGGAUGUUCUUGUGUCCUAUUACCACUUCCACAAAUAUGCAGCCAUGCUGGAGACACCGAAGGACUUCAAUGAUUUCUUUAAGAAAUUCAUGGAAGGGAAAGUUUUUGGGAACUGUUGGUUUGAGCACAUCAAGACGUGGUACGCUAAUAGAGACAACAUGAACUUCCUGUACAUCACAUAUGAAGAGAUGAUCAAGGACCUGCACUCCAUGGUGGAGAGGAUGUGCAGGUUUCUAGGGAAGGAUUUGACAGAGGAGCAGAUGGCCAGUGUGGUGGAACACAGCACCUUUAGAACCAUGAAACAGAACCCGCAGGCUAACUACAAGACGGUGCCCGACUCUCUGCUUGACCACAACAAGGGCACGUUUAUGAGGAAAGGGCAAUUCUGCCACUUUUCAACCUCAUAUUCAUGAUCUCUGGAAUCAUACCUGUGUCUACAUAUGUGAAAAUGGGACCAUUGGGGACUGGAAGAACCAUUUCACUGUUGCACAGAGCGAGAGAUUUGACAGUGUCUUCCAGGAGAAGAUGAGGGACCUGCCCCUCUCCUUUGCUUGGGACAUCAAUGAUGUCACGUGAUGACAUCCCAGUCACGUCUUGCAGGGAUGUUUUUAAUCCUUGGGCGGGCCCCCUAAGCAUUUUUUCAGGUCACCUAAGUCCAAAUAGUGUAAAAAGAAAAAACAUUUUUUUCAGGCUGGAAAAACGCUUUUACUGUAAACUUAAAUGACUAAAUGCCUUUUUUUUUAUACCACAGCAUUGUUGAAUACUUGUUUAUGAUGUACAGAACGUCGGCAUUUAUCCCUUACAUAAAAUAACCUUUGAAAGCUAACAGUCACCUAAAUAAAUACUAGAAAGUCAGGGACAAUUGAAAAAUCCCUCAAACAAUUAAUUUAGCACUACAUAUUUCAUGUUUGAGCAAAAGAACACAGAAUUAGCCAUUGCAAAAUGCAUAGAAUUGCAGAAAAUUUGCUUUAAAACGGAAAAUGUUUCUCGGCUCCAUGGCAGAAUAUGUAGAAUCGCAGGGAAUUUGCUUUAAAACGGCGAAGAUGAGGGUCUCUAAAAUGUUCUCUAAAAUUCAUGCCCCUGCCACAUCCACCACCUAAGCCCAUUAUGGAUCCAGAAAAAACACUGCCUUGGUUACAAGUUACCCUAGAUAAUUUAAUAAGCUAGUUAUAAGCUAUACUGAACAAAAAUGUUUCAUGAGUUGAAAUAAAAGAUCCCGGAAAUUUUCCAUACA